GAGGGAACGAGCGGGCGGGCGGCCGAACCGGGCCGGCCGCGCCCGGGGGGCCUGCGGGACUCCUUUACGCACGGCCGCGCCGGAACUUGACCUGCAUGUGUUGGGGACAGACCCCCGGCAUGGUCUUCUCCACAUCCCUCCCGGCAUUGGUCCCCUGGAUCCACCAAUCUGAGUGAAGGGCCCGUCCCACCCAGUGUCACCAUGAACGUGACCAGCCUGUUCUCCUUCACGAGCCCAGCUGUGAAGAGGCUGCUAGGGUGGAAGCAGGGCGAUGAGGAAGAGAAAUGGGCCGAGAAGGCAGUGGACGCCCUGGUGAAGAAGCUAAAGAAGAAGAAGGGUGCCAUGGAGGAGCUGGAGAAGGCACUGAGCUGCCCUGGCCAGCCUAGCAGCUGCGUCACCAUCCCGCGCUCUCUGGAUGGCCGCCUGCAGGUGUCUCACCGCAAGGGGCUGCCACACGUCAUCUACUGUCGUGUGUGGCGCUGGCCUGACCUGCAGAGCCACCAUGAGCUCAAGCCACUUGAGUGUUGUGAGUUCCCUUUUGGCUCCAAGCAGAAGGAGGUGUGCAUCAAUCCCUACCACUACAAGCGCGUGGAGAGCCCUGUGCUCCCUCCAGUGCUGGUCCCAAGACACAGUGAGUACAACCCACAGCACAGCCUCUUAGCCCAGUUCCGGAACUUGGGCCAGAAUGAGCCACACAUGCCCCUCAACGCCACCUUCCCGGACUCCUUCCCACAGCCCAACAGUCACCCGUUCCCGCAUUCCCCCAGCAGCAGCUACCCCAACUCCCCUGGGAGCAGCAGCAGCACCUUCCCGCACUCGCCUACCAGCUCCGACCCCGGCAGCCCCUUCCAGAUGCCAGCAGAUACGCCACCACCUGCUUACCUGCCCCCUGAAGAUCCCAUGAGCCAGGACAGCUCACAACCCAUGGACACUACCCUGAUGGGGCCCGCACUGCCAUCAGAGAUCAGCAGAGGAGACGUCCAAGCCGUGGCCUAUGAGGAGCCCAAACACUGGUGCUCUAUUGUCUACUAUGAGCUCAACAACCGCGUGGGGGAAGCGUUUCAUGCCUCCUCCACCAGUGUCCUUGUGGACGGCUUCACUGACCCAUCCAACAACAAGAACCGCUUCUGCCUGGGCUUGCUCUCCAACGUCAACCGGAACUCCACCAUCGAAAACACCAGGCGGCAUAUCGGAAAAGGAGUUCACCUCUACUACGUGGGUGGGGAGGUCUACGCCGAGUGCCUGAGUGACAGUAGCAUCUUUGUGCAAAGUCGGAACUGCAAUUACCACCACGGCUUUCACCCCACGACAGUCUGCAAGAUCCCAAGUGGGUGUAGCUUGAAAAUUUUCAACAACCAGGAGUUUGCGCAGCUCCUGGCACAGUCAGUGAACCAUGGCUUCGAGACGGUCUACGAGCUUACGAAAAUGUGCACCAUCCGCAUGAGCUUUGUGAAGGGUUGGGGUGCCGAGUACCACCGCCAGGAUGUCACAAGCACCCCCUGCUGGAUUGAGAUCCAUCUGCAUGGACCCCUGCAGUGGCUGGAUAAAGUCCUCACCCAGAUGGGCUCGCCGCAUAAUCCCAUUUCCUCUGUGUCCUAACUGGCCAGUGGCUGCUACCCCUGGUGGAACUCUUGAGCCUUGCACGUACUUGAAGGAUGGACGCAUCAGGCACCGGACAGACGGACGGACACACAGAUGGAUAGAGAACCAACAAGGAGCCUUGGUGUUCCUGGACCUCUGACCAGCUGUUGGAUUCCAAAAUUUUUCCAAGAGUGGUAACUUAACUGUCCAUCUCAAGAAACUUGUUUAGUUUACAUGGAACAUUCUAUGGUAAAAUCAACUUCAAAAGCAAAUAACAAAUGCAGACUUCCAGCGGACUUGGCUUCUAAGUGAAAAAGGGAGAAAUGGCUAAGCCAAGGACAAAUCAGAUGAUCAGAAAACCCGUUCUAAGAUUAGUUGCUUCCCUACCCCUAACACCCCACAUUUGGCACUUUAAGGUCAUCUUUUGGCAAAAGUCCCUGGAGUGUGUUUUUAUCAGGUUUAGGGCCCAUGCCAAGUCUUUUUUUUUAUUUCAUGGGUUUUCAUGAUACUUAAAAAUUUUUUUGGUUAGUCAUGGGUUUCUUUUUUUUUUUUUUUUUUUUUACGUAAGGGAUAAUCUUGAUACAAUACAUAGUAAUCUUUCUAAAAAUGGUAUGCUAAUAGUACUGCAGUCAAAAUAAUGUUAGGCCUAUGCUCUUUGCAAAAUAUGUAUGUACAGAAUAUUUGGAAAUUAAGAGUUGAUUAGCUAGUGGAUUUAGAAGUAUUGGAGGGGUGGGGGAGGGAAUUGAGAGCGCAAAUGUAGAAUAUACUGUAAAAAGUCAGUUUGUUGCUUUAAAGAAACUAACUGAUGUCUGAGGUGGGUUUUUUUGUUUUUUUUUUUUGCUGUGUUUCCAUUUUUUUUUUUUAAAGAGAUUUUAUCCUAUACCUCCACCCCAUAUCUUCCAUUCUCUUCUGCAGCUGGUUAUUUUAAUUAUGAAAAAAGUGAAUAAUUCCUGCUAUUCUAAAUUGUACUGCCCCCUGCAUUUCAAUACCAAUUGUACAGAGGGCUGGAAUUUAAUAAGCAGUUCUUUUUUAAUAUAGCAUUUACAGUCCAGGAAUAGGCUUUAAUGUUCAAAUCAGUGGUUUGCCAGACCUAGUAACACUUUUAAAUAUUUGGAGGGUUUAAAGACCAUCUCUGCUUAAACCCACUUCCAAUUUCUUUGGUUGGCUUUAUUUUUCUUCUGCUAAUCUUUUAUAUUUACUUCACGCUCUUGCCCAUUGAAUACCUUUAUUCCCAAACUGGUGGGUUUUCUCUAAUGGAGAUUUUGAAUAAACCUAUCAUUAUUGCUUCCUUUGAUUAAAAA